AUGGCGAACACCACCAAGUCUGUGGCGAUUCUCAGCCUUUUUGUUUUUCUGCAGGUGUGGUGCGCCGCCGGCCAAGUCCACGACACCCCGGCUGUGAUGUCGGUGAAUGGCUUCGAGCAAGGAGAGGAGGGUGGGCCGGCGACGUGCGACGGCCAGUACCAUAGCGACGCCCUCUUCCUGGUGUCGAUGACCUCCAAGUGGUACGGGCCCGGCCUACGGUGCGGCAAGAAGAUCGGCAUCCGUAGCUCGGACGCGCUUUAUGUGGAGGCCAUGGUCGUGGACGAAUGCGACACAGAGAACGGAUGCGGUGACAACGAGAUCAGCACGUCGGCCGCCGUGUGGAAGUUCUUCGGGCUUGACACCAAUGUCGGCGAGGUGACUGUCACCUGGUCAGAUGUAAACUGA